AUGAAGUUCACUGGAGUGACGGUUUCCCUGGCCUUGACAGGCAUGGCUUCUGCCGCUGCGCUCCCUCCACUCAUUCCCGGUGCUGGUGGCCUCACGAGCGGUCUCGGUGGUCUUGGUGGCCUCGGCGGCAAUGCGGGUGAUUCAGAUGGCUCGAACGGCGAGCUACAGGGAAGCAAUGUCCUCGACGGUGUUUUGGGAGGCAGCGUGAAGCGCCAGCUUAAAUCCGCGGGUCUUCCCGACGUGGCAGGUCUGGCUGGAGGCCCCAGCGGCAUCAUCGGGGCUCUCGGUGCGGGAUCCCAGGACCCUUCUCAGGGCCCUCUCGGUGGUCUGCUGGGCGGUAUCCCAGGCCUCGAGCAGUCUCAGCUCGAGACUGCGCAGCCUGUCGCCAAUGGAGCUGGAAGCUCUCUCGACGGCGCGACAGGGAUCGCUGGUAGCGCGGCUGGCACGGCGGAGACCACUAGCCAGGGCGCUGCGGACACGGCCGAGCAUACUGUUACUGGCAUGGAUCCUGUCAAGCGCCAGCUUGAGUCCCUAGGCCUACCCGGAACUGGUAGUUUGGACAGAACCAUCGGGGGCAUCACCGGAGGCGUCACCGGCGGCUCCACGGGUGGCAUUCUCAAGCGCCAGCUUAAAUCACUGGGCCUCCCUGGAACCGAUAGUUUGGACAGAACGAUCGGGGGGGUCACCGGAGGCGUCACCGGCGGCAUCGUCAAGCGUGUCAUCAGUCCUAUGCAGCCUGUCACCGAUGCCGUUGGUACUUCAUUGAAUGGGGCCACUGGAUCGAUCGGCAGUGCGGUUGUUACUGCGGAGAGCACCAGCUCGGGCGUCGUUGGUACGGUUGAGAGCGGCCUGGCCAAUGCUGGCCCUGUCGAGAAGCGUCAGUUCGGCAACCUUCCCGCGACCACCUCGCAAACUGGUUCUGAUGUGAUGGCCGGUCUCUCUGGAAACCCCAGUGGCCUGUACGGGGCCCUCGCCAAUUUGCAGACCCUCGUCAACGCUGGCGAAAUUUCUCCCAGUGACAUUUCUAACAUGCCCGAGGCUGUCCAGCAGGUGAUCGCUAACCUCGCCGUGGCAUAG